AUGAUGGCCGAUCACUUAGACGAACCGCCCCAGAAGCGGGUCAAAAUGGAUCCAACGGAUAUCUCCUACUUUCUGGAGGAGAAUCUGCCAGACGAGCUGGUGUCCUCGAACAGCGGCUGGUCGGAUCAGCUGACCGGCGGAGCAGGCGGCGGCAAUGGAGGCGGCGGCGCCUCCGGCGUGACCACAAACUCCACAUCCGGACCAAAUCCCGGCGGGGGACCCAAUAAGCCGGCUGCCCAGGGACCAGGAGGACCUGGCUCCGGGCCUGGCGGCGUUGGCGUCGGCGUCAAUGUGGGCGUCGGCGGUGUUGUCGGCGUCGGCGUUGUGCCUUCCCAGAUGAACGGAGCCGGCGGCGGCAACGGAUCCGGCACAGGCGGCGACGACGGCAGCGGCAACGGCUCCGGUGCGGGCAACAGGAUCAGCCAAAUGCAGCACCAGCAGCUGCACCACCUGCUUCAGCAGCAGCAGCAGGGCCAGAAGGGCGCCAUGGUGGUGCCCGGGAUGCAGCAGCUGGGCAGCAAGUCGCCAAACCUCCAGUCGCCCAACCAAGCCGGCAUGCAGCAGGUGGUGGGCACCCAGAUGAGUAUGGUCAACUCGAUGCCCAUGUCGAUAUCGAAUAAUGGCAACAAUGGCAUGAAUGCCAUACCAGGCAUGAACACCAUUGCCCAGGGCAAUCUGGGAAACAUGGUGCUGACAAACAGCGUGGGCGGCGGCAUGGGCGGCAUGGUCAAUCAUCUGAAGCAGCAGCCAGGCGGCGGUGGCGGCGGUAUGAUCAAUGCCGUCUCCGUACCAGGUGGACCCGGAGCGGGACCUGGUGGCGUUGGCGCUGGCGGCGGCGGAGCAGUUACCCCCAACCAGGGCAUGCACAUGCAGAAUGGCCCCAUGAUGGGCCGGAUGGUGGGGCAACAGCAUAUGCUCCGUGGCCCCCAUCUCAUGGGCGCUGCGGGUGGAGCCGGCGGACCAGGCAAUGGACCAGGUGGCGGAGGACCACGCAUGCAGAAUCCCAAUAUGCAAAUGGGUCAACUCAACAGUCUGCCUUAUGGAGUGGGUCAGUAUGGAGGCCCUGGCGGUGGCAACAAUCCCCAGCAGCAACAGCAGCAGCAACUUCUCGCCCAGCAGAUGGCCCAAAGAGGCGGAGUUGUGCCGGGAAUGCCACAGGGUAACCGACCAGUCGGCACUGUGGUGCCCAUGUCCACACUCGGAGGCGAUGGAUCCGUGCCCGCUGGUCAGUUGGUCAGUGGGAAUCCACAGCAGCAGCAGCAGAUGCUGGCGCAGCAGCAAUCCGGAGCCAUGGGCCCGCGACCUCCGCAACCCAACCAACUGCUAGGUCAUCCAGGGCAGCAGCAGCAGCAACAGCAGCAACCAGGAACCUCGCAGCAGCAACAGCAGCAGCAGCAGGGAGUGGGACUGGGAGGAGCUGGUGUUGUGGCCAAUGCAGGAGCAGUUGCUGGCGUGCCGGCAGUGGCAGGCGGUGGAGCUGGAGGCGCCGUGCAAGCGAGUGGCCCUGGUGGCGCCAAUCGCGAUGUGCCCGACGAUCGGAAGCGACAGAUCCAGCAGCAACUGAUGCUCCUGCUCCAUGCCCACAAGUGCAACCGCAGGGAGAACCUCAACCCGAACAGAGAGGUGUGCAACGUCAACUACUGCAAAGCGAUGAAAUCCGUGCUGGCCCACAUGGGCACCUGCAAGCAGAGCAAGGACUGCACCAUGCAGCAUUGUGCCUCCUCGCGCCAGAUUCUGCUGCACUACAAAACGUGCACGAACAGUGGCUGCAUCAUUUGCUAUCCCUUUCGGCAGAAUCAUUCGGUUUUUCAAAACGCGAGUGUUCCACCUGGUGGCGGCCCGGCCGGAAUAGCAGGUGCACCACCAGGAGCCGGCGGAGCGGCUGGUGGAGCAGCCGGAGCAGGCGGUAAUCUUCAGCAGCAGCAGCAGCAACAACAGCAGCAGCAACAGAACCAACAGCCUAAUCUCUCCGGUCUGGUGGUGGACGGCAAGCAAGGACAGCAGGUGGCACCGGGAGGUGGUCAGAACACUGCCAUAGUUCUUCCCCAACAGCAGGGAGCGGGCGGAGCACCGGGUGCGCCCAAAACGCCAGCCGACAUGGUCCAACAGUUGACCCAACAGCAGCAGCAGCAGCAACAGCAGGUGCACCAGCAGCAGGUCCAGCAGCAGGAGCUCCGUCGCUUCGAUGGCAUGGGCCAGGUCGGCUUAUCGCCCGUACCAGCCGGUGGAAUGCAACAGCAGCAGCAGCAAGGAUUGCCUCCUGUGAUUCGCAUGCAAGGCGCUCAGCCGGCUGCCAGGGUCCUCGGACCCGGUGGUCCAGGCGGUCCAAGUGGACCAAAUGUCCUGCCAAACGACGUGAACAGCCUGCAUCAACAACAGCAACAGAUGCUCCAACAGCAGCAGCAGGGCCAGAACCGACGACGCGGUGGCCUGGCCACUAUGGUGGAGCAACAGCAGCAGCAGCAACCCAAUCCCGCCCAGCUGGGUGGCAACAUUCCAGCACCACUCUCUGUCAACGUCGGUGGCUUUGGCAAUGCCAAUUUCGUUGGUGCCGCAGCUGGCGGAGCUGUUGGAGCCAAUGACAAGCAGCAGCUGAAGGUGGCCCAAGUACAUCCGCAGAGCCAUGUGGUUGGCGGAGCGGGCGGAGCAACGGCGGGUGCUGGAGCGAGCGGUGGCCAAGUGGCAGCUGGUUCCAGUGUCCUGAUGCCGGCCGAUACCACUGGCAGUGGCAACGCGGGCAAUCCCAAUCAGAACGCUGGAGGCGGUGGAACUGGAACUGCCGGCGGUGGUGGCAAUGGCGGCAACACUGGAGCUCCGGGCGACAACGAGAAGGACUGGCGGGAAUCGGUGACCGCCGAUCUGCGCAACCAUCUCGUCCACAAACUGGUGCAGGCCAUCUUUCCCACCUCGGAUCCCACCACCAUGCAGGACAAGCGGAUGCACAAUCUCGUCUCGUAUGCGGAGAAGGUCGAGAAGGACAUGUACGAGAUGGCCAAGUCCAGGUCCGAGUACUAUCACCUGCUGGCCGAGAAGAUUUACAAGAUCCAGAAGGAGCUGGAGGAGAAGCGACUGAAGCGCAAGGAGCAGCACCAGCAGAUGUUGAUGCAGCACCAGGGCGUUGCGAAUCCGGCGGCAGGAGGAGCAGGAGGCGCAGCUGGCGGCGCGGGUAGUGCAGCUGGCGGUGCUGGCGGAGUAGUUCUUCCCCAGCAGCAGCAACAACAGCAGCAGGGUCAGCCAGGACAGCAGCAGCAGCAGCCUCUGCAGGGCUGCAUUCAUCCCAGCAUCAGUCCCAUGGGCGGUGUGAUGCCGCCGCAGCAGUUGCGUCCGCAGGGCCCACCAGGAAUACUGGGUCAGCAGACGGGUGCAGCUCUCGGCGUCGGCGGUGUGGGUGUCACCAACAACAUGGUGACCAUGCGCAGUCACUCGCCCGGCGGCAACAUGCUCGCCUUGCAGCAGCAGCAGCGCAUGCAGUUCCCGCAGCAACAACAACAGCAGCAGCAACCGCCCGGCUCUGGAGCCGGCAAAAUGUUGGUCGGUCCACCCGGACCCAGUCCCGGUGGCAUGGUGGUCAAUCCGGCGCUAUCGCCCUACCAGACGACCAAUGUGCUCACCAGUCCGGUGCCGGGACAGCAGCAACAGCAGCAGUUCAUCAAUGCGAACGGCGGCACAGGCGCCAAUCCUCAGCUGAGCGAGAUCAUGAAGCAGCGACACAUCCACCAACAGCAACAGCAGGCGCAACAACAACAGGCGCAGCAGCAGGGAAUGUUGCUGCCGCAAUCGCCCUUCAGCAAUGCCACGCCCCUGCAACAGCAGCAACAGGCGACCAGCAACAGCUUUAGCUCGCCAAUGCAGCAGCAACAGCAGCAGCAACAAGGUCAGCAGCAGCAACAACAAAAGCCCGGCAGUGUGCUUAACAACAUGCCGCCCACGCCCACGAGUCUGGAGGCGCUCAAUGCGGGGGCUGGAGCGCCCGGAACGGGUGGAUCCGCCUCCAAUGUGACGGUUUCAGCUCCGAGCCCAUCGCCUGGCUUCCUGUCCAACGGCCCCUCGAUCGGCACGCCCUCCAACAACAACAAUAGCAGCAGUGCUAACAACAACCCGCCCUCGGUGAGCAGUCUCAUGCAACAGCCGCUGAGCAAUCGGCCGGGUACGCCUCCCUACAUACCCGCCUCCCCAGUGCCGGCGACCAGUGCCUCCGGAUUGGCGGCGAGCAGUACACCCGCCUCGGCAGCAGCCACCUGUGCGAGUAGCGGCAGUGGCAGCAACAGCAACAGCAGUGGAGGAGCCACUGCGGCGGGUGCCAGCUCCACGUCAUCAUCAUCUUCCUCGGCGGGCUCGGGUACACCGCUCAGCUCUGUGUCCACUCCCACCUCGGCCACAAUGGCCACCAGCAGUGGUGGAGGAGGAGCAGGUGGAUCAUCUACCACACCCGCUAGCAAUCCACUGCUCCUCAUGUCUGGGGGAACGGCCGGAGGUGGAGCGGGAGCGACGACGACCACUUCGACGUCGUCGAGCAGUCGCAUGAUGAGCAGCUCCAGCAGUCUAUCCUCCCAGAUGGCUGCCCUGGAGGCUGCGGCGCGGGACAACGACGACGAGACACCCUCGCCAUCUGGCGAAAAUACCAACGGCAGUGGUGGUAGUGGAAAUGCUGGCGGUAUGGCCUCCAAGGGCAAGCUGGACUCCAUCAAGCAGGAUGACGAUAUCAAGAAGGAGUUCAUGGACGACAGCUGUGGCGGGAACAACGACAGCUCCCAGAUGGACUGCUCGACGGGCGGCGGCAAGGGAAAGAAUGUGAACAACGACGGCACCAGCAUGAUCAAAAUGGAGAUCAAAACGGAAGAUGGUCUCGAUGGCGAGGUGAAGAUUAAAACCGAGGCCAUGGAUGUGGACGAAGCUGGAGGUUCGACGACCGGAGACCAUCAUGGUGAAGGUGGUAGUGGUGUUGGCGGCGGCAAGGACAACAUCAAUGGCGCCCACGAUGGUGGAGCGGCAGGCAGUGCGGUGGAUAUAAAGCCCAAGACGGAUACGAAACCACUCGUACCGGAGCCACUGGCCCCCAAUGCGGGUGAUAAGAAAAAGAAAUGCCAAUUCAAUCCCGAAGAGCUGCGCACCGCUUUGCUACCAACGCUGGAGAAGCUUUACAGGCAGGAGCCCGAAUCCGUGCCGUUUCGCUAUCCCGUCGAUCCCCAGGCCCUGGGCAUUCCCGACUACUUUGAGAUCGUUAAGAAGCCCAUGGACCUGGGCACCAUACGCACCAAUAUCCAGAACGGCAAGUACAGUGAUCCCUGGGAGUAUGUGGAUGAUGUUUGGCUGAUGUUCGACAAUGCCUGGCUGUAUAACCGCAAGACAUCGCGGGUCUAUCGUUAUUGCACAAAGCUUUCCGAAGUCUUUGAGGCAGAGAUCGAUCCUGUAAUGCAAGCCCUCGGUUAUUGCUGCGGCAGGAAGUACACGUUCAAUCCACAGGUGCUUUGCUGCUACGGCAAGCAGCUGUGCACGAUUCCACGGGAUGCGAAGUACUACAGCUAUCAGAACAGUCUAAAGGAAUACGGUGUCGCCUCAAAUAGAUACACCUACUGCCAAAAGUGCUUUAACGACAUCCAGGGCGAUACGGUCACACUGGGCGACGAUCCUCUGCAAUCGCAAACCCAAAUCAAGAAGGACCAGUUCAAGGAGAUGAAGAACGAUCACCUGGAGCUGGAGCCGUUCGUCGAUUGCCAGGAGUGCGGGCGCAAGCAGCACCAGAUCUGUGUGCUCUGGCUGGAUUCGAUUUGGCCCGGCGGCUUUGUGUGCGACAACUGCCUGAAGAAGAAAAACUCGAAGCGGAAGGAGAACAAGUUCAACGCGAAGCGCCUGCCCACCACCAAGCUGGGCGUGUACAUAGAGACCCGGGUGAACAACUUCCUGAAGAAGAAGGAGGCGGGCGCCGGCGAGGUGCACAUCCGUGUGGUCAGCUCGUCGGACAAGUGCGUGGAGGUGAAGCCCGGCAUGCGGCGACGAUUCGUGGAGCAGGGCGAGAUGAUGAACGAGUUCCCGUAUCGGGCCAAGGCCCUCUUCGCCUUCGAGGAGGUGGACGGCAUCGAUGUCUGCUUCUUUGGCAUGCACGUCCAGGAGUAUGGCUCGGAGUGCCCGGCGCCGAAUACUCGCCGUGUUUACAUCGCCUACCUGGACUCCGUUCAUUUCUUCCGGCCACGACAAUACCGUACGGCUGUAUAUCACGAGAUCCUGCUCGGCUACAUGGACUAUGUGAAGCAGCUGGGCUACACCAUGGCCCACAUCUGGGCCUGCCCGCCCUCGGAGGGCGACGACUACAUCUUCCACUGCCAUCCCACGGACCAAAAGAUUCCAAAGCCCAAGCGCCUGCAGGAGUGGUACAAGAAGAUGCUCGACAAGGGCAUGAUCGAACGCAUCAUACAGGACUACAAGGACAUCCUGAAGCAGGCGAUGGAGGACAAGCUGGGCUCCGCCGCCGAGCUGCCCUACUUUGAGGGCGACUUCUGGCCCAAUGUGCUGGAGGAGAGCAUCAAGGAGCUGGACCAGGAGGAGGAGGAGAAGCGCAAGCAGGCCGAGGCCGCCGAGGCAGCGGCUGCAGCGAAUCUUUUCUCCAUCGAGGAGAACGAGGUCAGCGGCGAUGGCAAGAAGAAGGGCCAGAAGAAGGCCAAGAAGUCAAACAAAUCGAAGGCGGCGCAGCGUAAGAACAGCAAAAAGUCCAAUGAGCACCAAUCGGGCAACGAUCUCUCCGCCAAAAUCUAUGCGACCAUGGAGAAGCACAAGGAGGUCUUCUUUGUGAUCCGUCUGCACUCCGCUCAGUCGGCAGCGAGCUUAGCGCCCAUCCAGGAUCCCGAUCCGCUGCUCACAUGUGAUCUGAUGGACGGACGCGAUGCCUUCCUGACCCUCGCCCGCGACAAGCACUUUGAGUUCUCAUCGCUGCGGCGCGCCCAGUUCUCGACGCUGUCCAUGUUGUACGAGCUGCAUAACCAGGGCCAGGAUAAGUUCGUUUACACCUGCAACAAUUGCAAGACGGCGGUGGAGACUCGAUUCCACUGCACCGUCUGUGAUGACUUCGAUCUGUGCAUCGUCUGCAAGGAGAAGGUCGGCCAUCCGCACAAAAUGGAGAAGCUCGGCUUCGACAUCGACGACGGCUCUGCGCCGGCGGAUCACAAGCAGGCCAAUCCGCAGGAGGCCCGCAAGCAGUCAAUCCAGCGGUGCAUCCAAUCCCUGGUGCACGCCUGCCAGUGUCGCGACGCCAACUGCCGUCUGCCCUCGUGCCAGAAGAUGAAGCGCGUCGUCCAGCACACGAAGAACUGCAAGCGCAAGACCAACGGAGGCUGCCCAAUUUGCAAGCAGCUCAUCGCCCUCUGCUGCUACCAUGCCAAGCACUGUCAGGAGCAGAAAUGCCCCGUGCCCUUCUGUCCCAACAUCAAGCACAAGCUCAAGCAGCAGCAGCUCCAGCAGAAACUCCAACAGCAACAGCUGCUGCGUCGUCGUGUGGCGCUCAUGUCCCGGACAGCAGCUCCGGCUGCCCUGCCCGGUCCCGCUGCCGUCAGCGGCCCGGCCGUGGUCGCUGGCGGAGUGCCCGUGGUGGGGAUGUCCGGCGUGGCGGUUAGCCAGCAGGUGAUACCCGGCCAGGCGGGCAUAUUGCCGCCUGGAGCGGGUGCCAUGUCGCCGUCCACAGUGGCAGUGCCGUCGCCCGUUUCGGGCGCUGGCGGAGCCGUUGGCAUGGGUGGCAUGACCUCACCACAUCCACAUCAGCCGGGCAUUGGGAUGAAACCAGGUGGCGGUCACUCACCGUCGCCGAAUGUCCUGCAGGUGGUGAAGCAAGUCCAGGAGGAGGCGGCCCGUCAGCAGGUCUCGCAUGGCGGUAACUUCGGCAAAGGUGUGCCAAUGGCGCCGCCGCAGAUGAAUCGACCGAUGGGAGGCGCCGGACCCAAUCCGAAUGUUGUCAAUCAGCUGGGCGGCAUGGGCGUCGGUGUUGGUGGAGUUGGUGGCGUCGGUGUCGGCGGAGUUGGAGGAGUGGGUGUUGGACAACUAAGCGCGGGCGGCGGUGGCAAUCCACCCGGGGGCCCUGGUGUUCCCGGCUCUGGUAACUGCGGCAUGAACGUGAACCACCUGCUGUCCAUGGAUCAGUGGGGCGGAAGCGGUGCCGGCGGCGGAGGAGCCAAUCCGGGCGGCGGUAAUCCCCAGGCGCGCUAUGCCAACAACGCCAGCGGCAUGCGCCAGCCCUCGCAGCUGAUGCAGACGAAUCUGAUACCGCCGCAGCAGCAGCAACAGAUGAUGGGCGGCCUGGGCGGACCCAAUCAGCUGGGUGGUGGCCAAAUGGCCGUCGGCGGUCAGCACGGAGGCAUGGGCAUGGGGAUGGGAGCACCGCCAAUGGCCGGAACUGUGGGCGGCGUGCGUCCACCACCCGGAGCCGGCGGUGGCGGAGGAAGUGCCACUGGCGGCGGCCUAAACACCCAGCAACUCGCCCAGAUCAUGCAGAAGAUCAAGAACAAUCCCACCAACGAGAGCAACCAGCACAUUCUCACAAUCCUGAAGCAAAAUCCCCAGAUCAUGGCGGCGAUCAUCAAGCAGCGCCAACAGAGCCACCAGUCGCAGAUCAAUGCGGCGGCGGGCGGAGGAGCACCCGGCCCCGGCGGUGGAGCUCUGCAGCAGCAACAGGCGGGCAACGGGCCGCAGAAUACCCAGCAGCAGCAGCAACAACAGCAACAACAGCAGCAGCAGCAACAGGUGAUGCAGCAGCAGCAGAUGCAGCACAUGAUGAACCAGCAGCAGGGCGGCGGCGGUCCACAGCAGAUGAAUCCCAACCAGCAGCAGCAGCAGGUCAAUCUCAUGCAGCAGCAAGGCGGGCCGGGAGGACCCGGCACUGGACAACCCCAUCGCAUGCCCAACAUGCAGAACGCAGCCAUGAUGCUGCAGAGCCUGCCGCCCAACAUGUCGCCCGGCGUCUCCACGCAGGGAGGAAUGGUGCCAAACCAGAACUGGAACAAGAUGCGCUACAUGCAGAUGAACCAGUACCCGCCACCGUAUCCGCAGCGCCAGCGAGGUCCGCACAUGGGCGGAGCGGGACCCGGUCCCGGCCAGCAGCAGUUCCCCGGCGGCGGCGGCGGCGGAGCGGGUAACUUCAAUGCGGGCGGAGCUGGCGGCGCUGGCGGCGUCGUGGGAGUGGGCGGAGUGCCUGGAGGAGCAGGAGCCGUGCCCGGCGGCGAUCAAUACUCGAUGGCCAAUGCGGCGGCGGCCUCCAACAUGCUGCAGCAGCAGCAGGGCCAGGUGGGCGUCGGAGUUGGCGUCGGAGUGGGCGUGGGCGUGAAGCCAGGACCCGGACAACAGCAACAGCAGAUGGGCGUCGGGAUGCCGCCGGGAAUGCAGCAGCAGCAGCAACAGCAGCAGCAGCAGCAACAACAACCGCUCCAGCAGCAGCAGAUGAUGCAGGUGGCCAUGCCGAAUGCGAAUGCCCAGAAUCCGUCGGCGGUGGUCGGAGGACCCAAUGCCCAGGUGAUGGGUCCACCGACGCCGCACUCGCUUCAGCAGCAGCUGAUGCAAUCGGCCCGCUCCUCGCCGCCCAUCCGUUCGCCGCAGCCAACGCCAUCGCCACGGUCAGCGCCAUCGCCACGUGCUGCUCCAUCCGCCUCGCCACGGGCCCAGCCCUCGCCGCACCAUGUGAUGAGCCAUUCGCCGGCGCCGCAGGGACCACCGCACGACGGAAUGCACAAUCACGGCAUGCACCAUCAGUCGCCGCUGCCAGGAGUGCCCCAGGAUGUGGGUGUGGGCGUCGGCGUUGGCGUCAAUGUCGGUGUGGGUAAUGUCGGAGUGGGCAAUGCGGGUGGCGCCCUGCCCGACGCCUCCGACCAGCUGACCAAGUUUGUGGAGCGACUCUAGUGCAGCAGCAACAGCAGCGGCAGCAGCAGCAGCUACAAUGGGUGGUAGCCGUGGCCCAGGGGCUAGACUGAUUGAAUCACCAACCAGACGACGACGACGACGAGGAUCCACAUCAGCAUCAUCGUCAUCAGCCAGCAGGGAUCACCAGUGUGUGUUAAACUUUAAACGACCUAUUGCGUACUAUUAUAUAAUUAUUUUUUUUAUCAAAAGCACCCCCUAAUUGUAUAGCGUUAUCAUGAUUAUAAACCAAGCAACUAUCACACCUAAUUUGUACUGUAGCCUAAGAUAUCCAACUUCCCACAACCCCCAUUCAUCCGAGCACCCACACCCCUUACUUUAAGUCUAGGACAAAAUUUGAACAAACGAUUAUGAUUCGAUUUCCAAUUUAAGCCCGCGCGAUUAAGUAAAUAUAUAAAUCAUAUAUUUCAUAUGCUCUAAUAACACACACACCAUGUAUUAAUUAAUUAAUGAAUGCAAUUCGUUGUUCAACCAAACCGAAAUAGAAAAGCAUGAGAUGAUCAGGAUCAGGAUUGGAGGAUUAGUAGGAUGAGGAGGCGACACAUGGGCAGACCUCGAUGUGACAACGUUUAAAACGUUGAGCGAAAGCUGAAAAACCUUUCCUUAGUAACUUACAUUUUAAGCAGCAGCGAAUGUCGAAAUGUUUUGUAACGUAAAAUUAUUUAUUUUGUGACAGAAGCGAACAAACGAAUCAAGCAUGUUUGUAAAGAUUGAGAGAUUGAGUGUUGUAAAGUUGAAUUAAGUUUUUUGUACCCUUGUAGUGUUGUAAGCCAGUUGACAGACGACGAUGACGACGACAAUUCACCCGACCAUCCGCAUCCGCACAAGAAAUAUAUAGCCUAUAGUGAACAUGUGCCUGUUGGCGAUCGGCAGUUGAUUAAGUGCUCCUUAUAGGAGCUUCAAAUUGGGAACACGCAUAGAGUAAAUACAUAUUUUUAUACACAAAUCGAACGGAAUAGGAAUCUGAAACGUAAUCGUAAUCGCAGUCUGAAUCGAAAUCGGGGAUCCUCAUCCUUUUAGCCUCGCCGCCGCCCCUUAAUCAUCUUAACCCAAGAAUCACUUCCAGUUGACAGACAACAAUAAGUAUAACCAAGGAUGAGGAGGAUGAUAAUGAUAAUGAUAUUGAUAACGAUUAUAACGCAACCGCAAACGCAAUUAGGAGAAUCAGGAAUCAGGACAGUAGCAAACGAAACACCAAACAGUUUAGCAGAGGAGUGGGAUGACCGGGGUAGCGAUACGAAAGGAGUAUGAUUAACAAGAGCAACAAAAUAGCAAUAGCCAAAAUGCUUUGAAAACAGAUUUAGGGUACUUGAGCUAACUAAGGAACUAACAUUUACAACAUAUAUAUAUUAUGAUGAUUAUGCAUACGUAGGACGACAACAAAUUAGAGUUGUAAUUUCUAACAAAUUGUUCACGAAUUGAUUGUUUAUAUUGAUUAAGGAUUUUAGUCGUUUAAGAAUUUCGCCCCCUUUGUGUGUGUGUAUGCAUGAGUGCGGUCGUUUUGCGUGUGUGUGUGUGUGCGUGUGCGCGCGUUCCUAAUUCCUCAAUUUUACAUCCAUUUAUUUUCGAACCUAAUUGUAUAUAUACUAUACCAUAAUAACUUGACGUUUUACUUAGUAUUUGAUUUUGUGAUAGCCAAAAGAAAGGGAUGAGGGAGCGCCAACAGAACCCCCAUUUGUCUCAAAAGCAGAAAGCAGGAUUUUUUACGGGGGAUACGCAGGAUUGAUUGCUAUUUAUUAACGCUAAAACAAAGGAAAACAAACAAAAAACCAUUUAGGCUAUAAAAUUUUAGGCUUAAACGCGAUUUAGUUAUAUCACUAUUUAUUAGACCGUAGUCUGUAGUUUCCAACUGGGUUCUUAUAUCAUGUCUAACUAUUAUAUUUUUGUACAUCUAAGAUGGUAUCUCGGAGGAGGGGAGGAUAGUGGUAUUGUUUCCGUUUUCAAACUGUUUUCAUUCUACCAGUUGCCGCCGCCCAAGAAUCAGAAAGAGACAGAAGACAGCGAGAGAGCGAGACAGUAGAUGAGGAGGGGAUUUUGUAAAUUUUAGAUACUAGGAAUACUACUUAUUCACUGCGCAUAAAAAUGCCUUCGAUUGCGAGAUCAGCAAGUAACUAACAUUAAUGUAAAUACCCAACACACACACACACACACAUACGAAUACAAAUACAAAUACAGAAAUACAGAUAUAUAUUAAUAUAUAAUAUAUAUUUACCGAUUACUGAUUACCGAUUACUGAUAGGUGUAGUAGGUCACAUGUACGCGACAGUUUGUAAAAUCCAAUGCCCUAGUUCGUAAGCCGCGCAUAUAUCGAAAGAAUCGGUUAUAUCGUUUAUAUAUAGAUCGAUCUACACCGCCACACACACAUAUGGCAUAAAAAUAUAUAUAUAAAUAUAUCGGGAUAUAUACUUUUAGUUAGUGUGUUUUUAAACGAAACGCGCAUAGUUUCCUUAGCUAAGCGAAAGACAACAAAAAAUAAGAAAACCAACUAAAAAAGCUGCGCCUGCCACCGAUAAAACCGAUAAACAUAAAAAAAGAAAGGACGAGGAGAAAAGGAACCCACGCUGCGCUGCACACAAUCAAAAAAAAAAACAAAAAACAGACACCAAAAAACAAAAACUAAAAAUAAAGCAAGUUAAAGUAAAUAUUAUUAUAUAGAAACGAAAACAUACUCAAGUCACUGGGCUCUGCCGCCGAAUGCCUUUGUACUUUUAACGUAUGGAACAAUGAUCGGUAAUUGAUUAUCGACAAUCGUCGAUCGGUAAUAGUUGCGAUAACAAGACGCUGCCUUCAAAACGCAGACGCCGCGUGCUGGUGCAAAACAAAAAAAGAAAGUUAUCGGAUUAGCGGGCGCAGCGUUUAAUUUUUAAGUCAACCCACGAUAGUAACCAAAAAAAUAAGGAAGAUCUGAGAGAGAAGGAGACGGAGAGAGAAAGAGCUGCUUGCCGUCUUUUCUGCGCAUUGUUUUUGUUUUUAUACCACACACAGUCAGCAGCAAUGAACAAAGUUAUGGGUGUGAAAGAGAGCGAGAGAAAGCGAGUGGCUGAGUGAGUGUGCGAGUGCGAGUGGUAAAGACACAUCAAUUAUCGUUUUUAAACCGUUUUGUGUGAGAGCGACGAAGCGAGCGAAAGAAAGAAAGUUAGAGAGAGAGAGCAUAUUCCAAAACUAUUUGUGAUUACAAUUAUAUAUGAUGAUGAAAAGAGGAAGAAGUAGGAGGAGGAGGAGGAGGAGGAGGAGGAGAAAGGAUGCGAAGAAAGCCGGAAGCCAGAAAUCCAGAAAACUUAGAAGCAACACAAAACGCAUUAACCGGAUGAUACCUAGAGUCUAAGCCUUAGUCUAAAACCAGCGCUAUAUACACAUUUAUAUCUACUUAGGUACGAUCGAUCACACGAGAGCGCGGGAUAUAUAUAUAUAUAUACAUAUAAAUAGUUAAGUCCACGAUUGUAAAUUAUAAAUGAACAUUUAUUCUAAAUGCAGUAGCAGCGGAAAAAAAACGAAAAUCGUUAACCGGAAGACGAAGACGAAGCACUUUGCUAAACGCGUUUAUUAUUAUGCAUACAAAAUGUAAUUUCUUAUAACAAAAA